AUGUCUUCUAUCUUCUCAAGAUUCGCUUCAUCUAGAACCCAAUGGGUUCCUUUCGCUGUUGGUGGUGCUGCCGUCGCUGCUUCUUUGUAUUACUCAACUACUGCUAGAGCUCCAGUUGCCAAUGAAACCCCAGCUGCUUUCAAAGGUGAUAACGAAUGGGUUGAUUUAAAAGUGAAUACCAGACAUUUCUAUUUUGCUUUACCUUCAGCUGAUCAAGUAUCAGGUUUGAAAACUGCUUCAAUGUUAUUAGGUAAAUACGUUACUGAAAAAGGUAACAAUGUCAUUAGACCAUAUACCCCAAUCUCUGAUAAUGAUCAAAAAGGUCAAAUUGAAUUUGUUAUUAAAAGAUAUCCAACUGGUAAAUUUGGUAACCAUCUUUUCUCCUUAAAAGAAAAUGAUACCGUUACUUUCAAAGGUCCAGUUAGAAAAUGGGAAUGGACUCCAAAUCAAUUUGAAAAUGUUACUUUAAUUGGUGGUGGUUCAGGUAUUACUCCAUUAUGGCAAAUCUUACAUGAAAUUACCAAAAACCCAGAAGAAAAAACAAAAGUUAACUUAGUUUAUGGUAAUAAAACUCCAGAAGAUAUCUUAUUGAAAAAAGAUUUAGAUGCUAUUGCUGAAAAAUUCUCUGACAGAGUCAAAGUUCAUUAUUUCGUUGAUAAGCCAGUUGAUGGCUGGAAAGGUGAAACUGGUUUCAUCACUAAAGAUUGGUUAUCAAAGAAUGUUCCACAUCCAGAUAACUCUCACCAAGUCUUUGUCUGUGGUCCUCCACCUUUAUACGAAGCCAUCUCUGGUAACAAAGUCUCCCCAUCUGAUCAAGGUGAAUUAACCGGUGCUUUAAAAGAAUUAGGUUUCACCAAAGACAAUGUCUUUAAAUUCUAA